GUCUAGGCGGAAACACGUGAUCGGUUGUUAUUGAAUCUGAUUGGCUGCUGCCGCCUCGUUCUCCGGAGGGAAAGUUCAAAAUUGUAGCAACAGGAACGGACAAACUAACGAUACAAGAAGCAGAGCAACAAUGAUCAGACAAGCGAAGGGGAAAACUCCCCGCAGGCCUCCUCCUAAGAAGCCACCCAACAACAACCAGAAAGACCCGGUUGGGGUGUACUGUCGUGUCCGGCCCCUGGGUGCCGAGGACGAGGAGUGCUGCAUUGAGGUCAUCAGCAGCUCCACCAUCCAGCUACACGCACCCGAGGGCUUCAAGACAAACAGAAAUGGAGAGUACAAAGAGACACAGUAUUCUUUCAAACGAGUAUUUGGAGUUUCCAUAUCUCAGAGGGAGCUUUUUGAACAUGUGGCCAAACCUCUUGUCGAUGAUCUCAUUCAUGGAAAAAAUGGUCUACUCUUUACGUAUGGGGUGACGGGAAGCGGAAAGACGUUCACCAUGACGGGCUCUCCGGGCCAGGGUGGACUUCUACCUCGCUCGCUUGACAUGAUCUUUAACAGUAUAGGACCCUACCAGGCCAAAAGAUAUGUUUUCAAGACAGAUGACAAAAAUGGUAUGGAGGUCCAGAAUGAAGUUGAUGCUUUGUUGGAGCGCCAAAGGCGUGAAAACAACUUGCCUGUUCCUAAAACACCCUCUGCCAGACAAAAGCUGGACCCUGAGAUUGCGGACAUGAUUAAGCCGGAGGAGGCGUAUAAAGCAGAUGGUGUGGACGAGGACAGCAGCUACAGCGUCUUCGUCUCCUACAUAGAAAUCUACAACAACUACAUCUAUGAUCUCCUGGAGGAAACUCAGGAGGAUGUCAUCAAACCAAAGUGGAAUGGUGGGGGCACACCUCUGCGCCAGAACACUGAGUUCAUACCACCUCAAUCUAGAAUCCUCAGAGAGGAUCAGAAUCACAACAUGUAUGUGGCUGGUUGUAUGGAGGUCGAAGUCAAAUCUGCCGAGGAGGCAUUUCAAGUGUUCUGGAAAGGUCAGAAAAAGAGGAAGGUUGCCAACACCUGCCUGAACAGAGAGUCCAGUCGCUCCCACAGUGUGCUCAUUAUUAAACUGGCUCAGGCUCCUCUUGAUGCUGACGGCGACAACGUUCUCCAGGAUAAAAACCAGGUGACUGUUAGUCAGCUGUGCCUGGUGGACUUGGCAGGAAGUGAGCGCACCGGUAGGACGGGGGCAGAAGGAACCCGUAUACGUGAAGCAGGUAACAUUAAUCAGUCUUUGCUGAAUCUGCGGACGUGCAUCGAGAUACUUCGGGAAAACCAGCUGUGUGGCUCAAACAGGAUGGUCCCCUACAGAGAUUCUAAAGUCACCCAUCUGUUCAAGAACUACUUUGAUGGAGAGGGCAAAGUCAAAAUGGUUGUGUGUGUGAAUCCCAAAGCUGACGACUACGAGGAGACGUUGCUGGUGAUGCGGUUUGCAGAGAUGACCCAGGAGGUGGAAGUGGCUCGGCCGGUGGACAGGCCCAUCUGUGGCUUCACCCCGGGCCGUCGCAAUAGAAACCAGGCCUUUAAAGAGGAACUGUCUCGCAAGCUUGAGGAGCGUGGCGGUCCGCUAGACAGAGAUGUGCCCUCUGUUAUAAGCCACUUGGUGCACAGCCUCCCACCUCUACCCUCUUGUGAGCUGACCGACCCUCACGAUGAUGUCACCCUGCCAAGGCUGAUCGAAGCUCUGCAGCACAGAUACAGGAUCAAACAGAUGAUGAUCGACGAAUACAGCCAAGCAGCCAACGCGAUGAAGGCCAUGCUUCAGGAUCUGGACGGCAACCUCAUUUCCAAAGAUAAUCUUAUUCACGAGCAAACUGGCAAACUGGAUGAGAAGGACAAAAUAAUUCAGACCAACAAGGCCGAGCUCGAACGCCUGGAAAAGAGAACCAAGAUGCAAGAGCACAAGAUUGAUAUCCUGCAAAAAACAACAAAAAUCUACGAAGAUGACAAGCGUUCACUGCAGCAGGAGCUGGAAACCAGAGAGCAGAGGUUGCAUAGAGAGCUGUCCGACAAGAAACGCAUCGAGCAGCGCAUGCACGGCGUGGUGUCUGAUACCAAGCUGAAGUGGGAGAAAGAAUGUGACAGACGUGUUAAUGCGAUGCAGCUGGAGAUGCAAAACAAGCUCUGGGUAAAAGAUGAGAAGCUGAAGCAGCUUAAGGCCAUCGUGACAGAGAGCAGGACUCCAGGUCGCCCUGAUCCUCCACCACGUCAGACGCAGCCAAAGCGGCCUUCUAGAGAAGAACGCCUCCCAGCAAAGAGAUCGGCCUCACCGUCUCCUGUCCCUUCUUUCCACUUUGCUCCCCAGUGCCCUGUUGAUUCUCCCCUUGUCACGCCAGUUCCAGUCAGUCCCACUAGAGUUGAGGAGGUUGAAAUGAACCCAAGGCCAGGACAGGGUCACGACUCCCCUUGUACGCCAACGAGAACCCAGUCCCCAGCAGGCGAAUCAGACAGCUGCGCCAGGAGGAGAACUAUGUGUUUGACUAGAGAGGAAGAGGGGAACAACUCUCCUACAUUUUAUCCGAACCUAAAUGAGAGAAGCUACAGGACGUCGACACCAGUGCGGCCGUUGCACCGACGCUCGCGCUCUGCUGGCGGGGAGAAAUGGGUGGACCACAAGCCCAGUUCUAGUAUGGACUUGGGUACAGUUUUGCAGCCCGUCAUCCCCAAUUCCAUCCAGGUGUCUGCACCCAGUGAGAAGGCCCUGUCGAAGUGUGACAGAUAUGUGUUAACACACCAGGAGGUUGCCUCUGAUGGCGAGAUACAAACCAAACUUAUUAAGGGUGAGGUGAUUAAGACCAGAGGAGGAGGACAGGCUGUCCAGUUCACCGACAUCGAGACACUGAAACAGGAGAUCACCACAGUCCCCGGCCGCAAAAGAAAAUCCUCAGAAGGCAAACCUCCUAAUGGAGAUCGAGCAGAUGGAGCCUGGACUGAUGUGGAGACUAGGUGUUCUGUGGCGAUGGAGAUGAGGGCUGGAUCAAACAUGGGUCCUGGCUAUGAGCAUCAUGGGAUCACUAAGCGCAGAAAACCUUGAAGGCAGCCGCCAGCUGCUCCAGUGAUCACUCCCUUCUGUCCUCACCUGGCUGUUGUGCAAUAGUCUGAACUUUUUUUAUAUAUAUAUAUUUAGCUCUAGUGAUAAUAUUUAAACAUUUCCAUGAUUAUAUAUGCAAAAGUGUAUUUACAUUCAUCACCAAAGCUACUUUUUAAAGUAUUUUAUAUCUUGAACCAAUAGAAAACAGGUGUAAUUUGACCGGAUGUUGGCAAAUAUUUAGUUACUGUGGCCCUGCUGCUGAAAAGAGACUGUGUGCACAUUUGUGUUUAAUAACAUAAUCACAUUUGUUACUUGGCAUGUGAGGAGACAUUGUGAAGCUGCCACAAUAUAGUUUUUUGUCCACUACAUACUGUCUCUGUGUACUGAUUGAUAGAUUAUGUUGAGCAUCAAGUAGAGUUUGAAUAAUCAAGUUCUUUUUGAGUGUCUUUUAUAUAAAAUAUUUGCUUCUGUCACUGAUAAAACUGAGCUCUCCUGCCUUCACUGUAAACUGGGGAAUAAAAUUCCUUUGCAGCACCA